AUGGCCGUCAAUGUGUACUCCACAUCUGUGACCAGUGAGAAUCUGAGUCGCCAUGACAUGCUUGCGUGGGUCAAUGACUCCCUGCACCUCAAUUACACCAAGAUAGAACAGCUCUGUUCAGGCGCCGCCUACUGCCAGUUCAUGGACAUGCUUUUCCCGGGCUGCGUGCACCUGAGGAAGGUGAAGUUCCAAGCGAAGCUGGAGCAUGAGUACAUCCACAACUUCAAGGUGCUACAAGCAGCUUUCAAGAAGAUGGGCGUUGACAAAAUAAUUCCUGUAGAGAAAUUAGUGAAAGGAAAAUUCCAAGAUAAUUUUGAGUUUAUUCAGUGGUUUAAGAAAUUCUUUGACGCAAACUAUGACGGAAAGGAUUACAACCCUCUGCUGGCACGUCAGGGCCAGGACGUAGCGCCCCCUCCUAACCCAGGUGAACAGAUCUUCAACAAAUCCAAGAAAUUCAUUGGCACUGCAGUUCCUCAGAGGACGUCCCCCACAGGCCCCAAAAACACACAGACCACUGGCCGACUGAGCAAUGUAGCCCCACCCUGCAUCCUCCGGAAGAACCCCCCGUCAGCCCGAAACGGCGGCCAUGAAACAGAUGCCCAAAUCCUGGAACUCAACCAGCAGCUCUUGGACUUGAAACUGACAGUGGACGGCCUGGAGAAGGAGCGUGACUUCUACUUCAGCAAGCUCCGAGACAUCGAGCUCAUCUGCCAGGAGCACGAGAGCGAGAACAGCCCCGUCAUCUCGGGCAUCAUCGGCAUCCUCUACGCCACCGAGGAAGGAUUUGCACCCCCAGAGGACGAUGAAAUCGAGGAACAACAGCAAGAAGACCAGGACGAGUACUAAGGGGCGGCCCCUCCCCAUGCCCACUCUGCAUUACAGCCCUUCCCUCAGCCUGCCUCGGCCGGUGCUUUGUAUCAGUGCGGCAGCCUGGGGGUCGGCAGGGCUGGGGCAGGUGAGCAGGCAGCGGCCCCCCUCCGGUGGCACUGGCCCACUGGGCGGCCCCCUGCCUACCCCCUCUCUCCUACUAUUUAUUUCCAUUGUCUUCUCUCCACGCUGUGUCGUCAACAUGUCCCAGGGUGCUGCUGCCACCCGCCCCCUGCCAACCCCCACCAUCACCCCACCCCUGCCCCCACAGCCAGCAAGCACACUGUAUUUGACAGAGUCACUGGUCUGUGUCCACUCACUGGAUUGUCCAUGCACUUUACCUGCCCCGCCCCUGGGCUGACGGGCAGCGUGCCCAUUGCUGGGGCUGGGGCUGGGGCUGGGCCAGGGCUCACCCAAUUCUUAUUUAUUUUGUCUUUUCACUCCCAGUGGCGAGGGAAAGCUGAUGGCAGGGGAGUGGAAAGCGGGCUGGAGCCCAGUGGUCAGGCAGAGGAAAGGGAGCAUUUGAGGGGCAGAAUGAUCUCCUAGCACCGGGCUCACCCUCUCCCGCUUCCUUUCCCCAGCACUGAGGCCGGGCCCUGCCCUGCGACCCCUGCCACUCCCUCCUGCAGCUUGGUUCAUACCACACGAACUCAACCUGAACCCCACUGUACGUCCACCUCCCCAUCCGUGUCCCCCUGCCCCGCCCUCCGGGGCCACCCCAGCCUGCCUAUGUGUUCGCUUUUAUUUAAAUAAACGUGUGUGGUAUAAGUCCAGGCCACGCUUCCCCCAUGG